GGUCUGUUCCGAAAUUGACACUGACAACGACACAGCUCUUUCUCCAGCCGCAGAGGGGUCGUGGGGACCGCGCUCGGGUUCUUCAUCUCUGUUCUGUUCUGUCAUUUCCGCGCUCACGGUAGCUCAGAUGAACACGUCCCUGUCCCUGAACGCUACUAGCUUGCUUGACUCUAACGCGACCUCAGAUAUCCCAGACUCGGACGCACCCCAAGUUCAGCAUGCCAGCCCGGUUGUAGCCUUCAUCAUCGGACUUGCUAUCAUUCUAUUGGCCUCGAUUCUGAAUGCUGCUGGGCUCAACCUCACGAAGCUGGACCAUGUCCGCACAAGUGCAAUUCCGAAAGCACAGCGACGGAGAGAUUGGUUACGACCAUUAUGGCUGCUAGGAAUGGUGUUGUACAUCCUGUCCCAAGUGAUCGGGAGUACGCUUGCUCUCGAAUACAUGAGAGCAGAAUAUGUCGCACCUCUUGGCUCAACAUCAUUAAUCUUCAACUUUCUUUUCGCAAAGUUCCUCGUGGAUUCCCCAGUCACGAAUUAUGAUAUCUAUGGUACAAUAAUCGUCAUAUUAGGCGUCAUUGGAAUCGUGGCGUUCGGAUCUAUCAACAGCGGCCUCGGGGAAGAGACCAGCGCAGAGCACCUCGCGUACCUAUGGACUCGCGGCAACUGGCUGUCGUUCUUCUUCUUCAUGUCCUUUGCCCUCAUCAUCCUCUACGCGUUCGUCGCUCAGCUCGAACAAGUUCUGGCAGCCCGGGGGGACAUCAAUGCAGAGCCCUUUGCGGGCAUGAGCUCGCGACGGAGCGGAGGGCCAGCACCGGUGGGCUUCUUCAAGAAAGUGAUGGCGGGCAUGGAGACUGCGAUGAUGUGGGUUCGGGAGAAGCUGGAGUUGUGGACUGCGCCUCAGGAUGACAAGCGGAUCGCAUGGACAAUUGGGAUCGGGUGGGCAUGUUGCGGUGGUGGACUGGCCGGUGGAUGUUUGGUGUUUGCGAAAGCUGCGGUGAAGGUCAUCUCAGGCAGUGUGUCACAUCAGAACGCCGGGAAUCAGAUUGGCCGCGCAUCGACCAUCUUCACGUUCAUAUUUUUGGCCAUCACCGCCGUGUCGCAAAUCAUUUGUCUAAACCGUGGACUGAAGGUGUACGACUCUACCCUUGUCGUGCCGGUGUUCUACGGUGUGUACACCGCUGCGGGUUUCCUCAACUCCUUGAUCUUCAACGACGAGGUCGACGCGUAUCAGCCAUGGACACUGUUCCUCAUCUUUGUGUCCAUGAUAAUCCUCAUCUCCGGUGUCGUCCUCUUGACCUACAAGAAGCCCGAGAAGAAACCCACAACCGCUGGCCCUCCUGGCGCCGUCGCCAUGUCAUCGCGGACACCGCGACGGGGCAACGGCCGGAAAAGCGACGACGACGACGAUAGCGAGCAGGACGCGCUCCGGGCUGGCGACGAGCCCGAGCCCGAGGAAGUGUGGCAGAUUGGCGACAUGAGCGACGACGAGGAUGGCGCACGGCCGCACAGUCCGCGCCCGACGCGCCAUCGCAGCGCCAGUGCGCGGUCGAGGGGCGAGGGUGAGGAGGCGCAGAUCCUUGGCGAGGAGGACGAGGAAGGCGGGCGUGACUCGACGUCGUCGGAUGCGACACUGGCGAGGACGGACAACCCACCGCCGUAUGCGGAUGACGAGUUUGGCGGGUGGGAGCAGGGGAAGCUGCGCGAGUGACCAUGACUUGUGCUUGACGCUCCCUGUGGACUGUGGACUGUGGAUUCAUGCUGUACUUAUAUAUGCAUUACAGUACAUUACCUGCUUAGACUAAACACAAACUCGCAUUUGGACGUGGACUCAAAUGUCGUUCGCCACAGGUGGGAUUUAAUUCUCAGAUAAAGUUCGACUGCUC